AUGGCUUUCAAGGAUGAUAAUUUGUUUGCUAGGUGGAAAGAUGAGACUGGAGUUUGUGCAGAGUGUGAUAAUAUCAAUCGUUUUAUGGUAGAGAAGGAUCUGAACUGUAAACCGAAAAGUGAAGGAGUAGUCGCUUUAUUUGGGCACUGGCUACUGUUUAGCGAAAAAAUACCAGACUCCUUAAAAAGGUUUAGUCCAGGGACCCAAAAACGUAUCGUUCAAUGGUAUAAGACUGCUAGAAAGAACAAUAACAACGUGGAUGAAGACCUUGAAGAUGAUGAUAUCGAUCAACUUGGUGGCAGAAUUUCAAAGGACUGGAACAGACUUGCAAUGGCUGAUGUUGAGUUUGGAAUGGAAGAUAGAUAUCAUGUUGACAUUAAUAACUGGUGUGUUCGUGCUCUACCGGGAAGUAGACAAUCUCUCGCUUGGUAUGUCAAUAAUGUAACAAUAUCUUGA